AUGCGGCCGAAUGCUGCCGAAUAUCGCUCAACAAUAGUGAUUGCACUCCUAGAGUACAAAUCCAGUUCUCUUCUCUGGAACCCAAUCAUGGAUCGUCCCAAACGCAGAAACGCUGUGGACGCUCAUGUUGGUGUCUCUAACACUGGCGGACUAUCACACGGCUUGAUUUUGAACACGCGGCAAAAUCUACCAAAGCUGGUCAUUCAUCGACACAGCGACCGCAUGCCGUUACGCAUUGUUGCCACGCUGGUUUGCGCUGGCCAGCGGGAAUUGACGUGGGACCUCAGAGUCAAGGCCAUGUGUUUGGCAACGCUGGCGCAUGAACAACACGCCGAACGGCCAAAGGACCUUGGCCAGUUUCCUAAUCGUCAAGCGGCAAUUACAUGCAUUACCCUUGGAUAG